CUAUUUUUCUCUCUGACUUCGUGGCAGCUGCAUUGCCCAUGUUAGUGCAAAUGUCAAGUCUAUUUUAUCAGACUUUUAUUUUAACUAGCUACCCAUUCAUACCUAUAAAUAUGUACCUAUCAUCUGUUUUAUCAGAGUUGACACCCUGAGGUAAAGUCCAAGAAACAUGUAAAAUGUACUAUGUUUUUUUUAUACCUGAGAGAAAACCAAACCACUGCCUGCCGCCUUCUUGUAUCCACCCAUCCAUGUCUUCCGAGCUCAUCUUCUUCCUCACCAUCUCCCUCCUUUGUCCUGCUUUCAGCAGCUGCACUUCAGCAUCAAAAGCCACUUGGGUGCAAUCUGGUUUCUGGUAUGCCGGCAGUGAGUUCCCCGUGCCAGACAUCGAUUCAUCUCUCUACACGCACCUCGUCUUUGCCUUUGCCCACAUCAAUCCCUCCACUUACGAGCUCUACAUAUCCCACUCCGAUCAGCCCUACAUCUCAACAUUCACAGAAAUCGUCAGACGCAAGAACCCAUCCGUCAAAACUGUACUGUCAAUUUGGGCAGGGGAAGAGGAGGCAACACACUUCUUCUCAAUGGCAAAUCAGUCUGCUCACAGGAAACCAUUCAUCAAGAGUUCCAUACAGACCGCCAGGGAAUACGGAUUCCAUGGCCUGGAUCUCUACGGCGUCCUUCCUAACAACAUGCAGUCAGAUAUGGGAGCUUUCAUGGACGAGUGGCGGGCAUCUGUGAACUCCGACACGCGGGCCCCACGACUGAUCUUGACAAUGGGAGCGCACUACUCCCCAACGCUGGACUCCAUGACCUACCCUGUUAAUUCAAUUGUCAGAAACUUUGAUUGGAUUCAUCUCAGGUCAUAUGACUACUAUCGGCCUACGAGAGAUAACUUCACUGGACCACAUUCUGCUCUGUAUGAUCCCCUCAGGAAGUUAAACACCGAUUAUGGCAUAAAGGAAUGGUUCAGAAAAGGGUGUCCUCCAGACAAAUUGACCAUUGGUCUACCGUUCCAUGGCUACGCUUGGACACUUGUGAACCCGCGGGACAACACUGUGGGAUCACCUGCAAAAGGUUUGGCCAUAACGCAGGAUGGGUCGAUGAGCUAUAGGUACAUAAAGAUGUAUAUGGGUGGCUACAAUGUCGCACCAGUGUACAACUCCACUUACGCUGCGAACUACUUCACCGUAGAAUCAUUUUGGAUUGGUUAUGAUGAUGUAGAGGCUAUCAAGACUAAGGUUUCCUAUGCAAAGGAAAAAGGACUCCGUGGUUACACUAUAUUUCAAGUUCCUAGUGAUGAUGCCGAUUGGUUGCUCUCUAGAGCAGCUAAGGGCACAAAAGAUAGUGAGCAUGACACAAGGGGGAGUGAAUUGGCAAUCUUACUGCCCGCAUGCACUAUGGGUGCUUUCCUCUUAUGUGUUGCAAUAUGUUGUGUAACAAGGAAAGCCGUAAGAAGAAAAGGCAACUAUUCAGGGAACAGAAAGUUAAAUCAGAGACCAGCAGAUGGUAAUCUGCAAAUUUACAGUUUUGCUCAAAUGAAAGUAGCCACAGACCAUUUCUCAUUACAAAACAAACUUGGGGAGGGUGGAUUUGGGCCUGUUUAUAAGGGUAAACUACCCAAUGGACAAGAAAUUGCAGUUAAACGCCUCUCCCAAAGCUCUGUGCAAGGAGUGGAGGAGUUCCAAAAUGAGGUUACACUUUCAGUGAAGUUACAGCAUGUCAAUCUGCUAAGAGUUCAGGGUUUUUGCAGUGAAAAAGAAGAGAAGAUGCUAGUAUAUGAAUACAUGCCAAAUAAGAGCUUGGACUGCCAUAUAUACGAGCCAAGUAAGCGGGUGCAGUUAAAUUGGGAGAAAAGAGUUCAGAUCAUCAAAGGGAUUAUUCAAGGGCUUAUAUAUAUUCAAGAAUACUCUGCGUUCACAGUGAUUCACAGGGACUUGAAAGCUAGCAAUAUUUUGUUGGAUGAUGAGAUGAAGCCGAGAAUAUCAGACUUUGGCAUUGCUAAGAUCUUCUGUACUAAAGACAAUCAAGCAAAUACAGGACGGAUUAUCGGGACAUACGGAUGUGUUCCACCCGAGUAUGUUAAGGGGGGUAUAUACUCCAGAAAAUAUGACGUUUAUAGCUUUGGAGUUCUGCUACUGCAAAUCAUUAGUGGCAAGAAGAAUGAUUGUACAUAUGGAACAGAUAAGAAUCAAACACUACUAGAAUAUGCAUAUGAGAUGUGCAAGACUGACCGGAGCGAGGAGUUCACAGAUCCGUCAUUGGACGACGCUAUGUCGCCGUGCAAGAUGAAGAGAUGCCUGCAAGUGGCUCUGCUAUGCGUUCAGGAGAGAUGGGAAGACAGGCCGUCUAUGCUGGAGGUUUACUCGAUGCUCAGUUAUGAAUCUCGAACCCUACCUGCUCCGAAAAUGCCUGCGUUUGCAAGACAAGCGGGACAGGACGAAGGUGGUUAUGGCGAUUUGAGCCCUUGCGGGAAAGAGGACUGUUCCAUGAAUUUUGCAACCACUUCUACUUCUGAGCUCAUCCCGCGUUGAUGUUAUGGAGCUUUAAACAGCCAAAUAAUCUUUGGAAAUGUUAUUAAUCCCUAGAGUAUGAGCACCCCAAACAAAACAGUAUGAACUUGUCAUUUAUUAUGAAUUUCUAGAGAAUUUAGUAAAGGGAUGAUAAAAUAUUGCGGAGGUGGGGAGGGAGGAGUGAUACGGAGUAUCUAGUUCGGAUUCAAACAAUUUGUAGGAGAAGUUCGCAUA